CCUGUUAUCGCUGAUUAGAUGGAGGAGCUGUGGGUGGAAGAGUCUCUGAGUUCUGUCUUUAUUUCUUGUCCUUACAGUCCAGGUGCCUACAGCCUGAUACUGGCGAAGUCUGAACACAACCCAUCUACAAGCGGCUGCAGGUAAGGCCAGUUAGAACCUCCUUGACUUAGAAUCUUAGGAGAAACCAAGAGAUUUGUCCUUGGAGGUUAGGUUUGGGGGAUAUGUGACUUGUUUUAAGCUUCUUCUAGAACCUAUUGGUCUGUGUUGUGAACCCAGCUGUGCCCUUCCAGUCACGACUGUCCCUGCAGGCUGCCCUGAGCCCCCCAUGUUGCUCUGGGUCUAUUGCUCCUCCAGCUCUAUCCAAGCAGACCUUGUCUGCGUCUGAGACCUGUUCAUCUGGAACUUCCUCACCCUGUUUAGGUAUUUGUAACAAGUGUAUCCUUAGUUUCCUAUCCACAGACACUUUCAUAUCUCACUGGAGCCACAGCCAGCUCUUAGUCCUGGGCAUGAGGGCUCUUUGCCAUCGUAGACACCUGAUGUCCACCAUUCUCUCCGCACCUUCUGCUCUACACACGUCCAUCUCCUUCAGCAGGUGCCCACCUGCCCUGCCUUCCCCGUCUCUGCUCCUUAAGUUUGAAGAUCCUUCUAUAAAUCUCCUCUCCUCUUGGGGGUCUUCCUAAACUCAUUAUUCACGUUUAUGCCCCAGGAAGCCACUGCUGUCCUCUGUAUUCUCCAUCACUUAAUCAUCUUCUAGCUGAGGCAGACAGGAAGGCCCAGCUCAACCAUCAGUCUGCUCAGCCAGAUUCUGAGGGUCGAUCAGCAGGCCUUGCUGGGCACAGCCUGGCUCUCACUCGUGGGGAAAAGAGCCAGCUGGAGGGAUGUCUGACCCAUUCACUUGUGUUAAAGCAGUGGUUCUCAACCAUGGGUGAGUCGUCUGCCCCAAGAGAUAUGGCAAUGUCUAGAGACAUUUUGGUUGUCACAGCUGGUGAGGGUACUGCUGGUCUCCAGUAGUUGUUAACCUAAAAAUAAAAGGCCAAAGUGAGAGGCAACAAGCAUUUAUUGUAGGUAAAAAAGAACAGCUAUUUAGGACGCACUGAUUCAGGCAGAAACCCAAAUAGUGUUCCAAUUAGGAGGCAAAGGCAAGGGGUGUUUAUGAGAAAGGGAAGGGGAGCAAUUAUAUCCAUAGAAGGAAGGCAUUCUGUAGUGCAAAUAAGGUAACAUAGUGACACUAGUUCUAAACACUGUUUUUAAUUUUCAGUCUGGUGGCUAAAUAUCUGCUUUCCUGUUACCUUUGUAAACAGUUCUUUGGGACACAAUGUUGCCCUGUUUUAACACUCCAAAGUUUUGAGGAGCAAGACUACAAGGCAGCUUGCUUGGGGAUGGCAGCUCCAACUCCAUUUUAAAGUGCCUCCAUUUAUGUUAUUUUUCACAUGGGUGAGGCCAGGGAUGCUGCUCACCAUCCUGCAGGCACCACAGAGAACUGUAUGGACCAAGAUGUCCUAGUGCCAGGUUAAGAAACUGGACCAGACGGACAUCUCUUCAGAAAAGGGACCCAGAAAGCUAACGUCUGAUCUUUUUCACUCUAGUAGUGAGCAGUCUGCCAAAGCCAACACGCACAAGGAACUGAUCAGAACGCUCAAGGAGCUGAAGGUCCACCUCCCCACAGACAAGAAGGCCAAGGGGAAAGCCAGCACGUUGGCGACCUUGAGCCAACGAGGAGUAUUACCAGCUGCUCAUGUCCAGCGAGAAGCACAGCUGCGGCCCGGACGUGCCCUCCUACACCAUAGAGGAGAUCCGGAGCGCCACCUCCGAGGCCAUUAUGAAGAGCACGGACAUGUUUGCUGCGGCUGUGUCCCUGGUCACCGGGAAAACCCUGUACAUCUCCAACCAGGUGGCCUCCAUCUUCCACUGUAAGAGAGACACCUUUCACGAUGCCAAGUUCGUGGAGUUCUUGGCGCCCCAUGACGUUAGCGUGUUCCACAGCUCCACCACGCCUUACAAGCUUCCUCCGUGGAGUGUCUGCAGUGGGACAGAUUCUUCCACUCAAGAAUGCAUGGAGGAGAAGUCUUUCUUCUGCCGUGUCAGCUUCGGGAAGAACCAUGAAGACGAGAUCCACUACCACCCGUUCCGUAUGACGCCUUACCUGGUCAAGGUGCCGGAGCAGCAGGGUGCUGAGAGCCAGCUGUGCUGCGUGCUGCUGGCAGAGAGGGUGCACUCCGGCUACGAAGCCCCUAGAAUUCCUCCAGAAAAGAGAAUUUUUACGACCACACAUACACCCAAUUGUUUGUUCCAGGACGUAGACGAAAGAGCGGUCCCGCUCCUGGGCUACCUACCUCAGGACCUGAUCGAGACCCCCGUGCUGCUGAAGCUUCACCCCAGUGACCGGCCCUUGAUGCUUGCCAUCCACAAAAAGAUCCUGCAGUCUGGCGGGCAGCCCUUCGACUAUUCUCCCCUUCGGUUCCGCACCCGGAAUGGGGAGUAUAUCACACUGGACACCAGCUGGUCCAGCUUCGUCAACCCCUGGAGCAGGAAGAUCUCCUUCAUCAUUGGCCGGCACAGAGUCAGAGUGGGCCCUUUGAACGAGGAUGUGUUCGCUCAGCCAUGCGCAGAGGAACAGCCGGCCCUGCACCCCAGCAUCCAGGAGCUCACGGAGCAGAUCCACCGGCUGCUGCUGCAGCCCGUCCCGCACAGUGGUUCCAGCGGCUAUGGGAGCCUGGGCAGCAAUGGGUCCCACGAACACCUCAUGAGCCAGACCUCCUCCAGUGACAGCAAUGGCCAGGAGGACGCCCGCAGGAGGAGAGCAGAAAAUUCUAAAAAUGCUAACAAGGUCAAAACCAAAAGUCAUUAUUCUGAUGAAUCUGGAGAACAGAAGAGAAAAUCUGCUACAGAAAUGCAAAGUAGUUCUCCUGCUCAGACGACAGCUGUCCCGGCCGUAGAGGACAGCUCCGGUGCCAGCCCACCCACUGCCGCCUUUCCAGAGGAGCUGGCCUGCAGGAACCAGCCGGCCGGCUCCUACCAGCAGAUCAGCUGCCUGGACAGUGUCAUCAGGUACUUGGAGAGCUGCAGUGAGGCCACCACCCUGAAGAGAAAGUGUGAAUUCCCCUUGAAUGCUUCCACGCAGAAGGCCAGUGACAAGCGAAAGGCCACAGGCAGCCCCAGGCCACCUCCUGCAGAGGCAGUGGUGCCCUCUAGAGCAAACACACAUGCGGACGUCAGCGCGCACUUGACCUCGCUGACACUGCCCGGCAAGGCGGGGAGCGUGGUGUCUCUUACCAGCCAGUGCAGCUACAGCAGCACCAUCGUGCACGUGGGUGACAAGAAGCCACAACCUGAGCUAGAUGAGUGGUCUGCAUCUUCUCUUACAGAGACGGCGGAAGACCCUGCAAGUGGACCUGAGUCCCUGGACUGCCCCGUGGGCCCCGCCAUGCCCUGCAGCCUCAGCCAGGAGAAGGAGCCCUUCCGGAGGCUGGGCCUCACCAAGGAAGUGCUGGCCGCCCACACCCAGAAGGAGGAGCAGAGCUUCCUGUUGAAGUUCAAGGAAACGAGGAAACUUAGUGUCCUCCAGUCUCACUGCACUUAUUACUUACAAGAAAGAUCCAAGGGGCAAUUGAGUGAAAGAGCUGCUCCUGGACUAAGAAACACUUGUGGAAUAGAUUCAGCUUGGAAAAAAACUGGGAAGAACAGAAAACUCAAGUCCAAACGGGUCAAGCCUCGGGACUCCUCCGAGAGCACUGGGUCUGGGGCGUCCGUGCCCCACCGGCCCCCGCUGGUGGGCCUGAAUGCCACAGCCUGGUCACCAUCAGACACAUCCCAGUCCAGCUGCCCUUCGAUGCCCUUCCCUACCCCAGUGCCAGCUUACUCCCUGCCAGUGCUCCCAGCCACAGGAAUUGUACCAGUGCCAGGGGCCGUGGCAGCAGCACCUAUGGAGCCCCACACCAGCUUCGCGGUGCCCGCUGUGCCCAUGGACAUCCAGCCCCCACCUUUCACGGCCCCCUUAGCCCCAGUCAUGGCCUUGGUGUUACCCAGCUAUCCCUUCCCCACAGUGACCCCGAACUUGCCCCCGACCUUCUUCCCUGGCCAGAUGAUCCCUGCCUCGCAGCCUGAGUUCCCUGGUCAAACCUCACCCCCCAAACAGUCGUGUGCUUGUCCUCGGGCAGAGCGUUGGCCACCGGUGUCACGUGUGGCCACCCCAGCUACACCAGUGUCGUCCACCGGGCCGCUGGGUCGGGCCUCCCCACCACUUUUCCAGUCCCGUGGCAGCUCACCCCUGCAGCUCAACCUGCUCCAGCUGGAGGAGGCCCCUGAGGGCAGCACUACAGCUGCAGGGACAGCAGAGACAGCAGGUGCUGGGCCGGACUGCAAACCAGGCACAUCCUGGGACUGGCCACCAAAGGCACCGCCGAAUGCAAGGAUCCCCUGCUGCUCUUUCUCUACAGCGGGUGGCCCCGCAGCACCCACGCAAGAUGAGCCCUCAGAUGCCCAGAACAGUGAUGCCCUCUCCACGUCCAGUGACCUGCUUGACCUCUUACUGCGCGAGGACCUCUGCUCAGCUGCAGGGUCAGCCCUGUCUGGAAGUGGGGCCUCUGCCACCUCAGACUCUCUGGGCUCCAGCUCUCUGGGCUGCGAUGCAUCCAGAAUUGGGACAGGCAGUAGUAACACCAGCCACACCAGCAAAUAUUUUGGAAGCAUUGACUCUUCAGAGAAUAAUCACAAAGCAAAAGUGAAGGCAGACAUGGAAGAAAGUGAGCACUUCAUCAAGUAUGUCCUCCAGGACCCCGUCUGGCUGCUGAUGGCCGACACCGAUGACAGUGUCAUGAUGACGUACCAGAUGCCUUCCCGAAACGUAGACGCGGUUUUGAAGGAGGACAGAGAGAAGCUGAAGUUGCUGCAGAAACUGCAGCCCCGGUUCACUGAGCGGCAGAAGCAGGAGCUGCAGGAGAUGCACCCAUGGAUGCGGGCGGGCGGGCUGCCCACGGCCAUCGAUGUGUCGGAAUGUGUUUACUGUGAAAGCCAAGGAAAAAGCAACUUUUGUGUACCAUAUGAAGAAGACAGUCCUCCUCUGGGACUCAGCGAAGCCACAGACAAAAAAGAAAAGGAAAAUGGACCUCCCCUGAGCCACAAAAACGAAGGGCAGACGUAACUGCCCCCAACCACCCCCGCCCACUCCAACAGCCAAUCUACCUUAGACGGUGAUGGAAGAGGACAGAGCUUCACAAUUUGUUUCUAAGGAAAUGGACAGAUAAAUUUUUGUUGUUUUUUUGUUUUGUUUUAGGAAAAAAAUCCAUAGUUUUUUGGAGGGUGGGAAGAGUUUGGAAAGAAAUACAUUUUUAUAUUUAAAAUAUAAGUGUGGACUUUGGAGGACAAGGAAGAGACUUAGCUGUGAUAUAACUUAAGAAAGACUGAAUCCCUGUGUAAGUGUCGGGGAGGCCACCUGAGCGCUCACAGAAGUUCCUGGACCAACUAGGCUUCCGGGCGUGUCCAAGGCAUCACACCAGGCUGUGCCCGUGUGUGACUCCACAUGAGCUGAGGGCCGCCUCCUGUAGCUCUCCAGGGUGAGUGUGCGCGGAUCAAAUUCUGUCCUCUCUCGGAAGCUGCUUUUUAUCUAAAUUAUUAUCUAGAUGUUUUUAAAACAUACCAAGUGGAAAUGACGGCCUCUCCUAAUUUUCUUUUUGAAAAUGUUUCGCAUUAAGUGGUGUGAAGCAAACCGGCAGCUUUGGCUUCAGGCACCGUAGUGCCAGAUAUUUCUACCUGAUGUCACUCGAGUUUGGGGUGAACAAAGUUGAAAUGCCUGCUCUGGACUAAGGCCUAGUGAUUUGUGUAACCAACUCCAUCAGAUUAACACUCACCCAGACCCUUCUGUGCAUUGAUGUAGAACAUCAUUCUUGGCUCUUUUUCAGACCAUGACCAGUAUGUACAAGAAAGCAUGUUGUCUGUCAUCUCUUCAUGGUGACUUCCCCCUGCAAACCGGGCUUUGAUCCCUGCGUUUGGGACCCAUUUGUGUUCUUCAGUUGACGAGUCCCAGACAUCAGCUCUGGCUCAGGCAGAGCAGCCGCUGAUACUGUGAGCUCACCCCUCCCACCACACCCUGGGCUGGGACAGCCCUUAGUCUCUUCAUGAACCUCACCUCACCUGGUGCAGCUUCUGUCUCUUUGGUGACUUCCCCCAGUUUCUCUGGCACUUUCAGGUCAUUGGGACACUUGGGGAAGAGUGAGACCAGUCUGCCCAACUUUUUGCAAAACCUCAUGUUGCAUCAUAUAUCCCAAAGAUUGUUUGGAAAAAAUUGUAUUUGUCCCUGGAGUGAAUGAGAAGUUCCCACUGAUGAAGCAGUUGACAAAACUGCAUUGAGUCUAUAGAAACUUAAAGGAAGCAGGUUUCUGCUUGUUCUUUGAUGAAGAAGUGGCUACCAGAAUAGUGAAGUCCCCUUUAAUCCAGUUGGUUUUCAUAAUGAAACCAUCCUAUUCUUGAAUAUUAAUCCUAUUUUUUAUUAACUCAAACACAAAACAGUGUCUAACUUUUUAAAUUUUAUUUACAAAGUAAUAUCACCUUCAGGAACCAAGUUGAGGAUGUAGUCUGUGCCUCUGUGUGAUAAUUAGAUGCUACAGACAGCUUCCUGCCUCUGAAGUGAGGUCCUGAAGGGAUUACAUGUGUCUCCUGAACACAAACUGCCAAAACGUUCUCUACUGUUACGAGUGUUACUGCCGGCAUUAUUCAUUAUUUAAGGCACACCCCUGGUUGUUGACUGCAUAGCUCCAUUGUGCUGAGAAUGACACAGGAGCAUUUUGUGAAAUUGUUUACACGGUGCCAUGUUUCCUUUAGUGUAUGUGCUGACACAGGUGUUAGGAAAACCUUUCCUCAAAUUUAAACUGAGCCUUCUUUUUAAUAUAUUUCUAAAAUGUGUGUGAAUAAGCUCCCAGAGUCUGCGUGAUGACUGGUUAGCCUUGCCGGACAAGUGAUUGGUUCACGCCCAAACCAAGCUUUCUCCGCCCAGUGCAAUAUGUUGUUUACUGCUUGUGUCUUUUUAUGACUUUUUUGCCUUUUAGAAAAUUGGUAAAUAAAGCAAGUAUAUUUUUA